AUGGAACACUUGCUAUUUGAGUAUGCCGGAGGAUACGGGCUGUUUGAGCUCAAGGAAUAUGAGGAUAUGUCAAAGUCGACGUAUGAUGAUUACACCAAGCUCACGGAAGUCCUAAAUCUGAAGUCUGGGAUGAAGUUUGGGAGCAUUGACGAGGCGUCUGAUCAUUUGAAAUGUCUUUCCCAGGGGGAGAUCCACGAUGAUCUAAAGAGGUUUCUUGAGCUCAACAAUGUGAAAGUUUUGCAUUGCGAUGUUUCUCUGAGGAAGAGUCUUGAUGGGCUUAGGAUCAAGCAUAAGGAUAGCGAGAACAUAAUGAGAGGAGUUAGACGGAAUUUCAAAAAGCUCAUGAGGCUUGAUGAAUACGAUGGCAAGCAGACGGUGCUUGGGCUGGCGUACGAAUACUCCAGGGAAAAGGUUGAAUACAAUGUGAAGAGAGAAGACUUCAUUGUGAUACAUACGGUUAUGCUGCUGGAACAGGUGGACAAGGACAUAAACUCGUACUCCAUGAGGAUAAGAGAGAUAUAUGGGUGGGUGUUUCCUGAGCUGGGGACGUUACUGAAAGACAACCAUGAAUAUAUUGGAGCUGUGAAAUAUCUUGUGAACGAAGAAGCAGGGCCUGAUUGCUCUAGAUGUGAGGUAGCAGGAAUAAACGAGGAAAGGCUUGACGAGAUAAGGAGGCUGAAGAAGAACUCGAUGGGAAUGAAGCUUUCUCCAGUAGACAUGGUUAACCUGAGAAGGAUAAUAGAGAUUGUAGACGGCAAGAUCAAAAUCAGAGGAAACCUCAGCAAGUAUCUGAAGGAGAAGAUGAGCUACAUUGCACCCAACCUUGCGGCCAUACUAGGUGAUGUUCUUGGUGCGAGAAUUAUUUCGCAGGCCGGAGGGCUGUUGAAUCUCGCAAAGGCUCCUGCAUCCACAUUCCAGCUUCUUGGAGCAGAGAAGUCAUUGUUCCAAUCACUAAAGAUGAGGAAAAAGACGCCCAAAUACGGGCUUCUCUACACUUCUAGCUAUGUUUCCAGGGUACGGGAUAAAGACAAGGCAAGGAUCUGCAGAUACAUCGCAACAAAAUGCUCCAUUGCGGCAAGGAUCGACUACUUUGGAAGGGAGCGGGGAUCUGAGUAUGGGCUUGAGCUUAGAUCGCUAAUUGAAAAAAAGAUCCAGUCUCUUUGCACUAAUGAGGAGGUGGAAAAAACAAGCACUGCCAUCCAGAGGGUGUUUGAUAGAAUAAAUGGCAUAUCAAGAGGUGAAGAUGAAGAGGAGGAUAUGCAGCCCAAGGAGAUUCCGAAGAGAGACGCAAGGCCUAAUAAAAAGCCAACUAGGAACAUGUCUAAGGAAGAGAUGUUCAAGGCUUCCGAGAAAAAAAAUAAGGACGAAGGUGACUCUCAGAAGAGCAGCAAGAGAGUAAGUUUUGACCUGACAAGAAAUGAUGUCAAGGAAACAGAAAAGACAUCAAGGAGAUUUAAUAAAAGAAGAUAA